AUGGGCCGCUCUCUCGACUCCUCCCGCCCAAUCAUGGCUCCAAGUCUCCUCUCCUCAAACCGCGCCUCCAUGCGCUACAGCACCUUCACAAUCCCCGCCCCAUCCAUGCACUCCUUCAGCUCCGACACCGUGCAGGCUGAGCUCGCGGAUAUUACCGCCGGCCUCGCUAAGCUCGAGAACAAGAAGCUCGCGUCCCAGCGAUUCGUGCCUAGCAAGGAGAAGUCGGAGAACUUGUCGAAGCUGGCGCUGGGGGCGAAGCUGGAGAGGGCUUUGGAUCGUAGGAUGAAGGGACAGGAUGCGGUGAUGAGGAAGAAGGUUGUUAAGAGAGAUCUCGAGAAGAGCGCUGUUAUGGCUUAG